AUGUAUGUAUGUAUAUAUAUAUGUAUGAAAAUGCCAGGGGCCAGAGUUUCAGAAGACCAGGAUCAAUUCAGCUGUCCAGUCUGUCUGGAUCUACUGAAGGAUCCAGUGACUAUUCUCUGUGGACACAGUUUCUGUAUGGUGUGUAUUAAUGACUGCUGGGAUCAGGAUCAUCAGAGGGGAGUCUACAGCUGCCCUCAGUGCAGAGAGACUUUCACUCCGAGACCUGUUCUACACACAAACUACAUGCUGGCUGAAAUGGUGGAGAAACUGAAGAAGACAGAAUUCCAAGCUGCUUCUCCUGUUCACUGUUACGCUGGACCUGGAGAUGUGGAGUGUGAUUCCUGCACUGGGAAAAAACACAAAGCCAUCAAGUCCUGUUUGGUGUGUCUGGCCUCCUUCUGUGAAACUCAUAUCAGACCUCAUUAUCAGUCUCCUGCCUUUAAGAAACACACGCUGGUUAAAGCCUCCUUAAGACUACAAGAGAAGAUCUGCUCUGAACAUGCUAAACUGGCUGAGAUCUUCUGUCGUACUGAUAAAAGCUUAAUUUGUUAUUUGUGUAUGAUGGAUGAACACAAAGGUCAUGAUACAGUGUCAGUUGCAGCAGAAAGAAAUAAGAAACAGACUGAGCUACAGGAGGAGCAGAGGAAACACCAGCAGAGAAUCCAGGAGAAAGAGAAGAAGGUCCAGGAGCUGAAGCAGGCUGUGGACACUCUUAAGCGCUCUGCACAGGAAGCAGUGGAGGACAGUGAGAGGAUCUUUACUGAGCUGAUCCGCUCCAUUGAGAAAAAACGCUGUGAGGUGAGAGAGCUGAUCAGAGAUCAGGAGAAGGCUGAACUGAGUCGAGCUGAAGGACUGCUGGAUCAACUGGAGCAGGAGAUUGCUGAUCUUAAGAAGAGAGACACUGAGCUGGAGCAGCUCUCCCACACAGAGGAUCCCAUCCAUUUCCUCCAGAGUUUCCCAUCUCUCUGUGUCUCUUCUGGAUCUGUGGACUCAUACAGCAUUUCUAUCCAUCAACAUCUCUCAUUUGAUGGAGUGAAGAAAUCUCUCUCUGAUCUGAAGGAGCGAAUAGAGACAUUCUGCAAAGAGGAAUUCAACAAAAUCUCUCCACAUGCUGCAGCAGUUCAGAUGUUACCACCAGAGCCAAAGACCAGAGAAGAUUUCCUGAAAUAUUUCUGUCAGAUGACUCUGGAUCCCAACACAGCACACCGUCGCCUCAUUCUGUCUGAGAGGAACAGAGUGGUGACAAAUAGUAUGAGAGUCCAGCCAUACUCUGAUCAUCCAGAGAGAUUUGACUUCUGGACUCAGGUGUUGUGUAAGGAGAGUGUGUGUAGAUGCUGUUACUGGGAGGUUGAGUGGAGCAGUGUGGGAGGGGUGUUCAUAUCAGUCUCAUAUAAAGAUAUCAGCAGGAAAGGACGGGGUAAGGAUUGUGGGUUUGGACACAACACUCAGUCCUGGAGUCUGGCGUGUUCUUCUACUCUCACUUUCUGGCACAACAAUAUUAGGACUGCGAUUUCAGACCCACCGUCCUCCAGAAUAGGAGUGUAUGUGGAUCACAGUGCAGGAACUCUGUCCUUCUACAGAGUCUCUGGCACAAUGACCCUCCUACACACAAUCCACACCACAUUCACUCAGCCUCUCUAUGCUGGGUUCUGGGUCUAUGGAGGAUCAACUGUGAGGUUAUGUGAUAUAAAAUAA